GACAGCUCUUAUGUGCUUCACCGUCCCUUCUAUGUACCAACCAAGGAUGGCGCUGUUUGGGCCAUAACCUUCACCACCUAUGGCGGAACAAUCUUAACAGCAGGUAUCUCUGUUAUCCUCACGUUGAUUUUCGUAGGGCUUUGGGAUCUUAUAUGCUUCAUUGCCAUUGUUUCUUCUAGGGCAACGACUCGGCGGCGACAUGUUGCUCUCGUGACUCUUUGGAACUCCAACGAUUCUUGGUUUGCUUUCAAAGAGCUGGCAAAAUAUACGUUGCAAUUUUUCGGAUCUACACCCGAUUUUGUUUACGGCCUCAUAUUUUGCUCCUUGGCUUUUAUAAUCUACGGAGGCGGCUUGUCAUUGGGGAUUGUUGGGCCUUCACUAUUGCAAGUUGGUACCGUGGCACCUGCACGACCUAGUGCAGUCUACUGGCCAUUUUCUACUAACAACGAAAACGACACUGUCAAUAUUCUUCAGGGUAUAGGCAUACUUGCUCCAGCAUUUAUACGCGCUCUUGGUAGUGUGGAUGCCUCCCUGGGCUCACGGGGGGAAAACGUGAAAGUAGAUGGGCCAAUUCCGGUUGUCAAUGCUGGCAUAAACAGCAUUGAAACUAUCUACCAGUAUAACUACACAUAUUCACUCACUGGAGUCGACCUCGGCCUCCAACAUGGCUCUGAUCUUUCAUUGACGGCUACGGGCUCCUGCAUAACCGAGUAUGGGUGGAUCGUUAAUGCCACGCACCCUAAGAAUGACAGGGAUACCUAUUACCCGUGGAACUACACCAUCUGGAAUCAGACUGUCCCCAUCACCAACGAUACUAUUCAGGAUGCUCCAAAAGCAGUUUUCCUGCUUCAUCCAGAUGCAUCCACUCAGUAUGGCGAGACCGGCAAUAUCUCUUUUGCCAUUUUACCAUGGACAGCUCAUAGGACCAGCAUUAAACAGUCAAAUGAUCCAUGGUAUACCACAGAAACUCGGCGGGCACCAUUUCCGCCUCCUGUCGAGACUGCCAUCUUCUGGAUAAAGCGGGCAAGACCAGCCCUCUCCUGCUGGCAGAAAGAUGUCUGGCGAUAUGGCUCCACAACUGUGACCAAUGUCUCUGGCCUCAAGAACAUAACCGGCAUAAAAGUAAAGCCUUCUUUACUCGCAGUAUUGGAACUUGCCGUCGCUGUUCCGGUCCUAUAUAACCUGGGAAGUACCGUCGCUAUCUCAUCGCUUAAAUCUGCAACCGUAAACACAUUUGGGGUUAUUAAUGCAGAGACGUCGAGUAUCUUGGACGACCUGACACGACUGGUAUUUGCCAGUUUCGUAUACACUCGGAAUGUAUAUUUGGAUACUACGAUGUAUGAAUCUAAGACUGGGCUGGCCAACGCUUUGGAUACGAAUGGGGAACCUGCUGAUGGUCUUGGUGACUUUGUUUUAUCAAGUCCCAACUUUCAAAGUUUCUCUAUGGUUGGCAUGAUUGUUCUUUUAGUGCUUCUCAUCACUCUGUUCACUACAAACUUUCUGCUCCAAAGGAUGCUUCGUCUU